AUGGAAGAAGUAGACGUGGUCGUCAUCGGCGCAAGCAUCAAUGGCCUCACAGCUGCGCAUACUUACCAUCGCUUGCAUCCCUCAGCUAAACUCCUCAUCCUCGACUCUGCGCCCUCCAUUGGCGGACCAUGGGCCCCGGAGCGCGUUUUCCCAGGCCUAAAAACUAACAAUCUAUGGGGCAUGUACGAGCAUCCUGAUUUUCCCAUGCACCAAAAGCGCUUCGGCGUGAAGCGAGGGGCGCAUAUUGAUGCGCCUAAAAUGUACGAGUACCUCUGUGCGUUUGCAGAGUGGGCGGAUAUCAACCAAUUUAUCCGUCUGAAUACGAGCGUCGAGGUACUCGAGCAAGAGCAGGGCGAUGAAGAAAAGAGUUGGAUAUUGCAUUGUGUGUCGUCAGCCUCGGCCGAAAAGAAAGAGACGGUGAUACGAGCCCAGAAGGUCAUUGUAGCAACAGGAAAUACGAGCAAGCCCUUGCUCCCAACAUACCCUAUGUCGCCGACGUUCUCCUCGCCUGUCGUGCACACUCGGGAUUUCCCAGCUCACUUUGCGGAAAUCGUGAGACCGCAGACGCACACUGUGGUUGUGGGGUCCGGGAAAUCAGCUUGGGAUGUAGCCUACGCGUGUGCGACGCAGCCUUCUUCCUCAGCAACGCUCUUGAUCCGACCAGGUGGGAAUGGCCCCGUGUGGAUGACACCCAGCCACGUGACGCCAUUUGGAAUGUGGUUGGAGAAACUGGUGCAUACGCGGUUCUUCGGCUUCAUGUCGCCUUGUCCGUGGGCAACGACAACGGGGGUAGAAGGCUGGCUGCGCUGGUUUUUGCACAAGACGUGGUUUGGCAGGAAGAUCGUAGCAGGGUUCUGGUAUGUACUUAGUGAAGACGCAGUUUCACUCAAUAAACUCGACGCCCAUCCCGAGACGAAGAAGCUGCGGCCCUGGAGAAGCGCCUUUGAAGUCGGAAAUGCAUUAUCCAUUCACAACUACCCCACCAGCUUCUUCGACCUCGUCCGCAACGGAAGAAUCAACAUCGUAUUCGACGACGUCGCUGCUCUAAAGGACACCAACACCAUCCACCUCAAAUCCGGCACCACGCUUACUGCCAACGCCCUCGUCUGCGCCACAGGCUGGCAAAAAGCCCACACCUUCCGUUUCAACCCCACCUCCCUCGAACACGAUCUCGGCCUGCCAUGCCCUCCCACCCCCUCAGACCACCCCUUAAUCACCGCAUCCGAAACCACUCUCUUCACCGACUUCCCCUACCUAACCCAACGAAACGUAAAUCGAUCAGGCCACCCCGACCCCUUGCUGCGUGCUACACCGCAACCCCGUAAUCUACAAACGCAACCAUACCGUCUCUACCGCUUCAUCGCACCGCCCCGUUCCCUCGCCCACCCCACCAUCGCCUUCGCAGGCGCCGUCCACUGCCUCGGCACUUUUCCCUGCGCCUACAUCCAAUCCCUCUGGAUCACUUCCUACUUGGACGGCACACUUGCAUCCGCGCCCUCACCCUCCGAGCAAGACAGCGUGUUGAAAGAGGUGUAUCGGAAUACUCAGUACGGUGUGUAUCGGGGCGCGAUGAGUUAUGGGUACAUGUUGCCGGAUCUGGUGUUUGAUACUUUGCCUUAUUUUGAUGUUUUGCUCGCGGAUUUGGGGUUGGUGGCGAGAAGGAAGGGAGGGGGGGUUAGGGAGUGGGUGGAAGGGUAUGGGCCCGAAGAUUAUCGGGGGUUGUUGGACGAGGUGGAGGUGAGGAGGAGGAGGCGGGGGGAGGGUGUAUGA